CUCGGUUGUAGGAGAAAUAUCCAUUCAUACCGCGGCACAGUUGUAGGCGUUCCGUCGCUAAUGUACCGAGUGCCGAAAUGGCAGGUUAUCGAAUAGGAGAGAAAAAUCGUGCCAAAAUAGAAAAGGAUCCCCAACUUCGCUCUCUUAUCUGCCUUUAUUGUGGGUAUUUGUCGAAAGAUCCGACAGUUUUAACGUGUGGACACCGCUUUUGUCGAACUUGUGUGGAAAGCGUUCGUGUUUUGGGGUAAGUUAAAAUGAGUUAAUCCCGGUGAAUCAAAAGAUCACAAGUUGAAGUUUAGAACAUGUGAUGGGGUCGAUGAGAACUUACUUUAUUCCGCUUACUUGACACAGAAGUGUCACUGACUAAGGGAAAUGUUGGUUCCUUCACAUUUUACAACGAAUGAUUUUUGUGUAUAUGUUUCUAUCCGAGAGUUUCAGCGUAAAACUAGUAUCAGUGUGCCCAUAUUGUGAUAAAUUUUCGAAAGAAAGAUAAGGAAUGCUAUAGAAAAAAAUCUUAAGUCGGGGACUUCUUUUCCCGCGAAAAUAAGUUUCACGCGCGAGUUGAUCGUGGUGGCCAGAUAAAAAUCAUGAUCUUCAUGGAACGGUUUUUAUGCAAAUUUGGCGAAUCCACCAUCAGCACUAACCAUCAGCACCACUUUCACUGAUGACGUAACGAAUUUCAGUGAUUUGAAAUGAUGAGCGGCGUGUGUGGAUCUGAUUGUGUGGUAGUCGUGAGAAGAAAGGCCGAUUUCGUACCACUGCAGAGCCCAGCCGAUUUUUGCUCUAUUUUCUAUCAAUUAAUUCUCAAUACUAAUGUAGUCUUUUGAAUUAUCUAGUUCCUUUGUAACUGUGGCGUGCCCUAUUGAUGGCCAUUAUGUAAAGUUGGAGGAGGUAAGGUUGAGCUUAUUUAUGCCAUAUAACUUCAAGGCAGAUUUAAGAAUACCAGCACUAUGCUAAGCACAGAAGUAAAUCCAGUACAGUGUGUGUUACCAAGCCGACGUGUUACCUAAAUGUAAGCUAUCCUUUCAGGAUUUAAGCCCCAUGAAUUUCAGUUUUUAAAAGAAUGUACAUGAGUAUGGGUAACCCAGAUUUCUGAUCUUUCAAGAAGGGUUUUCAAGAUUUUUUCUCCCUAUAACUAUUUUUCCAUCAUAAGAAUUUAUAAAUUAGAAGAUUUGAAAUCACUUAAAUUUACAUCCUCUGAAUUUUUAACUUUGUUAAUUCUAGUGCCACCAAGAUAAGCUCGCAAUAACACAAAUAAACAAUCUUGUUAUGUCCUGUGAGAUAAAAACUUGCUCUUGGCUUGGCAAGGUAUGGCAUUUAGAGGUGAGUUUAUUUUUCUGUGAUCACAUUACCCUAAUUACAUUUGUCAAUCCAACUAUGUCUUUAAGUUAACUGUGACCUAAAACUGCCAGAGUGGUUAUUCCCAGUUUCUGAGCACCAAGUGAUGAAAGCUUUGCUGGUCUAUUGCAUGACAGGUUAACCCCAACCAUCCCCCCCACCCUCCCCCCUUGAAAUGUGCUUGGUUUUCCUAACUUGUACUUAGCUUUACUCUGGCUGGGGUGAAGUCAGGUGUACUGAGUUUCUACAGUAGCAUGUUUAAAAUCAAUGUUCUUUGCAAUUGAUCUCAACAAUAUUACAUUAUUAAUCUAGUCAUGAAUAAAUGUGAAUUUACAUUAGCUGCAACUGUAAGAAUUGGUUAAAUUCUACUAAUAACCACCAGUUGUAAUUAAAUAAUAUAAUGAAUUAAAGAAAGACCUCUUUUUGUCUUGUGGCUUGCAUGGAACAAAGGGAUAAUCUGUGUUCUAAUGCUUUGCAUAGAGCCAUGGAGACUCAAAGGUCUGAGGUUUGAUUUUUUAUGGAGCCUUUUUCCUUGUCCCAUACUUGCCAUGUAACAAAAAAUGAGCCUUCUUCAUACCAAUUAUAAUUUUGUCUUUUUGUUAUUGAAGUCAUAUUUAAGUAUUGGAGCACCUACAUUACUUGUAUUCUUCUUGAAUAGGAUCAUAUGAAAGAUUUUCACUAUGGCCACGAAGAGGAAUGUGCAAAGGUAACUCAAUCUACCUUUUUCUUUGGUGUGGUGGUCUCUAACUCAAGGGAUCAUUCGCUGAGGUUGUCUCUUUUACCUGACUACAAAGCUUACCCAAGUGUAACCUGAAACUAUAUAUUAUUAUGUAAUCAAAGACAUUAGAGUGAUUUAGAUGAUUAUUACAGAUCACUUAAAAGUCAGAAAGAAUAAUUUUCAAGAUCAGGGAAAAGUCAAAGGGAGUUUCAUUCUGAUAGUCAGGGAAAUUUAUAUCUUUGAGUGAAGUCAGGGAAAAGUGAAAUUUCAAUUAAAGUUAUAUGAAAUGCUUUAUCUUGUCAUGGCCCUCUUUAUGAUUUCCCUUUGUAUAAGCAAUUUCAAAUUGGUUUGUGAAUGACAUCAUGUUUUUUAUUUUUCUUCUAUUUUCAUUGUUUCCUCACGUUUUAAAGAUUAUUUGCUUCAUUUCAUGGUCAGAGAAGAUGUUAGAUCUGUGGAAUAUUCUGUAAUUAAAUUGAUUGACAAUAAAGCUAAGGAUGACUUCACUAUCAACUUGUGUACACUGUAUGUAACUUACUGAGGGCAUAAAAUUUUGGGUGGAGAGGAUGCCUGUGAGAUGAGCUUGAAGACCAUCAUCAGGACUGUUUUUUAAAUUGUUGAUUCAUUUGGUCAAGAAAAAUUGAUGAUAUCAGUUAGAAAGUAUUUGAAAACCUAUAACUGAGGCAACCAUGUAAUACAAAAUUUAGUGCUAACAGUCAGUGCUUGAAAACUGAGCAUGAACGUUUAACUGAGACUAACAGUAAUUAUUAUUUUUUAAGAAUUUGCACCAGGAUGGGGAACUUAAAAGGCUAAGACAGGAGCAACAAGAGGCAGCAAGGAAGAUCACGGACAUUGAAGAAAUGGUGAUCAUUUCAUAGACUAAUGUAAAAACAGUUGUACUUUCAUGUGAAAAAAAGCAAACAAAGUAAAAGCAGACUUGGUCCAUUUACUUGUACUACUCUUACACAUGUAUGCAAUCCAUGAGCUGACAAAUUUCAAAUAUCUAGAAUGGGAACUAAAGGUGAACUCAAAACAUUGCUGUAAAUGCAGUGGGAGAAUUCAUCCCUUCAAAUACUUUCAUAUGACUAUAAGCUGAGGCAGAUGCUUCACGUUUAAAAGAAGGAGUAAUUACCAUACCCUUCAAACAUUUACUCUUUGUGGACGUUGUUUGAAUUUUCAAAAGCAAUAUUUUCUGAGCUCAACAGCUUUGCUUUUUUCAAGACUGAAAUUUGAGGUAUUGUAAUUCAUGUUAGAUACUCACUCGGGCUGGGGUUUAUACUACCUCAGUUUUGAAGGAGUGUAUGUACUCAUACAAAUAAUUACCAUGUUCUAUUAUUUUUUAAUAGAGCCAUGAAUAAAGUGAAAAUUUUUUUUUUUGGAUUGUUUCUUUCAUUUGUAGCUUGGAAACCAAGAUGUGACAAUCCAUAACAUAAGGAGGCAACUUUCUGCAUUUUCGGAUGCUUUUGUGAAAGUCCAAGGCCAUGGUCAGUUGGACAAUAAAGUAAGGGACUAAACAAUAAAGAUUCAGUAUAUGCAGAUGAUGAAUCAAGGUUGUUAAAGUGUUUGUCAGUUUUUCUAAUUAGGAUGGUUAUUUUACGAUGCCAGUUCUUUAACUGAUUUAAUUUUGUGCUUUCUAAAUGUUUUGUUUGUUUCCUGUAUGUGCUGUGAAACAAUUGUUUCAAUUUUUCUCAUAAAGGUCUUAUUACCUUCCUUGGACAUAUCAGAUGGUUUAUGGAGGUUUCUCCCCUUACCACUUUUGUGAAUUAACCCCCCCCCCCCUUGUAGUAAAACAGUUUGCCCCAAAUAUUUUAACUUUUCCUUGUAGCAAAAUUCCUUUUCUGUCAAAAUCAUACUAUAAAUUCUGAUCAACAGGCAAUUUUUUUUUGCUGAGUCAUAUACUUGACUACGAAACCAUGUUAGUCACCCCUAAACACUGUGUUUGGUGACAUGAGUGCAAGUAUUAAAUUACAAAGUAUGUCUGUGGGUGAUUGCUUAAAAAUAUUUGUUACCUUUAAAGGGGCUGUUUUUGUUUCUUGUCAACAAGUGAAUGAAUACCAGACUAUGAGAAGAUAUAAGAGGUUGAGUGAACUGGGGCAAAUAAAAGUACAUAAAAAAUCUACUUGCACAUUUCUAUAUUUGCAUAUUUCAGGAAAUAUUGACAGGAAGUGAUGAGCUGAGGCAACAACUGAACACUUUCAAGCAUAAAAUUCAAACUUUGGAAGAACAGGUACUGGUACAUGGACAAAUUUGAUGAGGUUGACUGAAGUCUAGCUCUUCUUAACUUACUAUCUACUCUCAGCAGAAAAGUAAUGUCUUGCCCAAGUGUACUGUACUGUGUUUUCCUACAAUUGGAAGGUUUUUCUCACAAAACGAGGGAGUUUGCAUUUGACUGAGACUAACAGUGAUUAUUAUUUUUAAGAAUUUGCACCAGGAUGGGGAACUUAAAAGGCUAAGACAGGAGCAACAAGAGGCAGCAAGGAAGAUCAUGGGCAUUGAAGAAAUGGUGAUCAUUUAAUAAACUAAUGUAAAAACAGUCACACUCUCAUGUGAAAGAAAGAAAACAAAGUACAAGUAGACUUGGCCCAAUUACUUGCACUACUCUUACAUAUGUAUGCAAUCCAUGAGCUGUAAUUCACCAGGCUACUAAUUACAUUUAUUCAAAAUAUAUUUUGGAUUAUGGGGGUACGUUUUUAGAGAAUUUUGGGUGCUGUGUUGGUGGGAGAGUAUAACAGGGUAAUUUAGUAAUAUCAACUGAAUUAAUCAUGUAAAUUGGCCACUGUGAAGAGUUUCUUCAAAGCUGAUGUUUGGAGUAUUAGCCCUUUGUCAGAGCAAAUGACAAAGGGCUUUAUUAAUGCUCCUUACAUCAACUUUGAAACCUUUUAUGGUGGCCAAUUUACAUUUAUAAACUCAGUUGAUAAUACUAAAUUACCCUACAUUUUGAAUUGUCUUAUAAUGCCAGUCAUGUGCCAUUUUGAAGAAUUUUAAAUGUCUGGAAUGAGAACUAAGGGUGAACUCAAAACAUUGCUGUAAAUGCAGUGGGAGAAUUCAUCCCUUCAAAUACUUUGAUAUGACCAUAAGCUAAGGCAGAAGCUUCACUUUUAAAAGAAGGAGCAAUUACCAUACCCUUCAAAUAUUUACUCUUUGUGGACGUUGUUUGAAUUUUCAAAAGCAAUUUUUUCUUAGCUUAACAGCUUUGCUUUUUUCAAGACUGAAAUUUGAGGUAUUGUAAUUCAUGUUAGAUACUCACUUGGGCUGGUGUUUCUACUACCUUUUCAAGGCAAUAUAUAUAUAUAUAUAUAUAUACAUACAUACAUAUAUAUAUAUAUAUAUAUAUAUAUAUACAUAUAUAUAUAUAUACAUACAUACAUACAUACAUACAUACAUACAUACAUAUAUAUAUAUAGGAAGUCUGCAAGUCGAUUUUCGCGUGGAACAGUGCUCAAUAUGUUGAAGCAGAGCAGAAUAAAUAUUAUGAGAGGGAAAAAGGGACGCAACUACAUUUCCCGACAAGCCUGUUUCGUGAAUUGCUUCACUCUUAUAUAUAUAUAUAUAUAUAUAUACUCAUGCAAAUGAUUACCAUGUUCUACUAUUUUUUAAGAGAGCCGUGAAUAAAUUGAUAAACUUUUUGUUUGGACUGUUUCUUACAUUUCUUGCUAGAAAGGCAAGAUGUGACAAUCCAUGACAAAGUAUGUUUGUCACUGAUUGCUUAAAAAUGUUUGUUACCUCUAGAGGGGCUGUUUUUGUGUAAUGGCAACCAAUGAAUGAACACUGGAGUAAGAUAUGAGAGGGUGAGUGAAUAGGGUUGAAUAUUAGUACAUAAAAAAAAAACUUGCACAUUUCUACAUUUGCAUAUUUCAGGAAAAAUCAGCAGGAAAUGUUGAGCUGAGGCAACAACUGAGCACUUUGCAGCAUAAAGUUCAAACUUUGGAAGAACAGGUACAUGGACAAAUUUGAUAAGGUCAUUUGAUGAGACAAAGUUGAUAAGGUCUUACUCUUCUUAAAUUGCCCUCUACUGUCAGUUGAAAGUAAUGUCUUGUUCUGUUGUACUGUGUUUUUUCUUACUACUGGAAGGUCUCUUUCACAAAACUUGGGAGUGUCCAUUUUUUUAUUAACCUUUCACAAGGGAAUUAUCAUAUCUCUUGUCUUUUUUACUUUCCAGCUAAGGGUACAAAAGGAUCAAUGUGGCAAAUACCGUGUUGAGUGUGUAGCUGAAAGUGGUCGCACUUGUGAGGAGCGUAACAUAGAGGUUGAAACUCUUCAGGGCUCCAUCAGUUGUUUGGAGAAACAGCUUGUUGAUGUACAAAAUAAGUAUGCUGCUUUGCAAACCAGCCAUGCUAACUUGCAACAUCGCCUUGAUGCUUUGCAAGCACAGUUUACAUUUUCUUGAUGUUCACCAGGAGGCACUGAAAUGGUUUUAUUUACAGUUUGAUUGUGCCUCUCUGGCAAGUUCUUCAGCUGAAGUAUUUCAUCUUAGUGUCACAAAGUGUCCUAUACUCUUUGUGGAGGGAAAUUUAUUGUGAGAUUACUCCCUGCAAGGCUGAUGCAGAUUUCAUUCUUGAUUCCUAUCAAAGGUGAUUAUGCCUGUGUUUUUACAGUAAUGUAUGGUGCUUGUUGUAACCCCUAGUCUUCGAAGUAGGUCCUUUGAGAUAGCCUUCAUUUAUUUUUGUGACUCUCGAGGGACAUAGUCGAAGUUUGUUUGUUAUGAAAAGCAAUGUUUCAUUUCUCUUUUUUUUAAUGAAUUAGUGCUACUUUCAGACAUUAGGAGCCUAUCCUGUCUAUUAUUAUCCAUUAUCUGCAUUACUUUGUAUUAAACACAGCUUUUAUCACACUGAAAUCUGCAAUUUUGCUGGUAACUGGUAUUCAUGUUUAAUUUUCAUCAAGAUCCAAACUUCAUUCCCAUGUUCCUGACAAGAAAAAAGCUGUUUGUUGGUAGUAGGGCCAGUUUACAAAAUUUGUGAUCUUUUCUUUUUAAUCAGUACCUUUAAGUUUGAAUUGGUAGUGCUAUUGUAUGGAGAAAUUGAUCGUUGGUAAUUCUGUAGGGAUUAGAGAGUAGAUGUGUUUUUAUACCAGGUUGCACCAACUUCUUUAACCUGUUGGCUCAUGUUUUGGAAGGAAUUUAAUGAUGACACCGUGGGAAAUUUCAAAAAAAGGAAGGAGGAUAGUUUGGGAUUAUGAACAAGUGAUGUUUCUAACUUCAAAGGUAGCAUAUUUCUUAAACUAGGCACCCACACUCCAUUAAGUGCCCCCCCUCCUCUCUCAAUUUCUUAAAUAGUAAAGAUACAAGGAAAAAUGAUUCUAUUGCCAAAAUUGACCAGAAUCAAGCUUUACCUACUGCAGUACAAGAGAAUAGUUAGAGAAUAUUCUUCUAUUGUCCAUGUGGUAACUCAAGAAUUAUCAUAUUGGUUAGCAGUAGAUGUGGUUGGAGCAUCAUAAAUUGUUGUUCCACUGUAGUGUAAUAGAGGGUUGGACCCCAUCAGUCUAUAUGACAGUACUUAUUACUACACUUGAUGUAAAACAGUGCAAAAAUCAUUUUAAUACAACUCAAACACCCUUGAGUGUUUGAUGGCAAUUUCGAAUUUUAUCAGGAAGAGUUUUUUGUCACCUUAUUUUGAGGCUAUUUUCUUAGAGUCUCAUUUUAUAAGAGUCUCGUGAGAC